AUGUCCAUAGUAAGGCGUUUAGAUAAAGCAGUAUCACUCGCUCUCAAGUCCAAUCUUCAGCUUAAUCUGAUAGGCGAUGUCAUCAAAGGAUUAGUGGAGAAUAGUCUGGAUGCUGGAUCAACCGAAAUAAGAAUAUCAGUUCAAUUAGAUAACAUCAUUUGCAUAGAAUGUGAGGAUAAUGGCCAUGGUAUCCCACCAAGCGAACUAGAGAAGAUUGGAAGUGAAUACUGGUCUUCAAAAGGAGUGCUGAAGCUUGAAGAUUUAGAGGAUUUGAAAACUUAUGGGUUUAGGGGUGAGACAUUACACAGCCUUUCCCAGAUAUCCAAGGCGCUUCGAAUUAGCUCUAAAGUGUUAAGCAGUGACCGAAGUUUCACCACUGUCUACAAUAAUGGGACUCAUGUUGUAAGCCUGACGGAAUGUGAUGAUUACGGUAUUGGAUCACCUCAAGGGACGGUGGUAAAGAUUACUGGAUUGUUCUAUAAUCUCCCUGUUAGACGUACUUAUAUUUCGAACACCAGCCAAAAGUCAAUUUCUCAACAGAUAAAGUUGGCGCUUUUCCCAUUGUGUGCAACAAAUCCUGAUCUCUCGAUAAAAAUCAACCUUAUUGAGCCUGACGUCUCUUGUGAAAAGAGCAUCCUUUCAGUUAGCAAAGCUGUAUCCCCAGAUGACAGACUGAGCACUUCAUUUGACCUGAUAUUCGGAAAUAUGGGAUCUAGCAUGGUACCUUUGCAAAGUUCACAUAUGGAUUAUAAAGCCGAUUCCAUUUUUGGCCUGAAUCCGACAUUUAAUAUUUCACAUCGGUUUAUUUUUCUCAACAAGAGGCUGGUGAUGGACGAAAGGCUUUACAAUCUUAUAACUAGAGAACUAGCCCAACUUUACAAGAGCCAAAAUGUUCACCGCCCUAGUUUUGCGUUCGUUGUUAGUUUCACAGGUCCCCAGCAUCCCUCUGAACUAACACAAGGACCCCAGAAAACUAUUAAUACAGUGCAUGAAAUCCAGACAUUGACUUAUCUUACAAAAUGCCUAAUCGAUAAAGUUGCAGUUAAUUAUAUUGGAUCACUGCAACACAAUAAAAGAAUGAUUGACUCCUUCAAAGAGGCACCUGAAAAAAAUAAAACACGAAAGAUUCAACCUUUGAAGGACAACAUUUCACCAUUCUUCUGUUCAAACUUAAAGCUGAGUAAAGAUGACCUGAGUUCCGUAAAAUUGGUUGGCUUAAUGGAUCAAAAGUUCAUUGUGGUCACUUUAGUCACAAAACACCAAGGGACCGUACUGCUUGCGUUAGACCAACAUGCUUGCGACGAAAGAGUCAAGGCAGAGAAACUCUUCCAGAAUUAUAUUAAUAAUCUCUCAAACUGUUCAGUUGCGAUUGAAAACAUUACUUGGGAUUUACCUGAAAUGGUUAUGAAUUUAUUUUCUACGUUUGAAUUCUCUCUAUCUACCUGGGGGAUCAGAUUCAUUAGUCUGAACUCUAGAAUAAUUCUCACUCACCUGCCCUCAGUGCUUACGGAGGGAAAGCUGUCACAUGAAUCACUAAAAUCAGGAAUACUGCAAUACCUGAGCGAUUUGGAAGCUGGGAAAAAAUGCCCAAAGCCUCCUGGUGAAAAAUGGUUUGAGACAUUACCAUUUAUUCCUGAUAUGAUUAUUAAUGUUGUGAAUUCUCUAGCUUGCCGUUCUGCUGUGAAAUUCGGCACGUCUUUGGAUACAGCUCAAUGCAGAACAAUCAUCCAAAACCUUAAAUCUUGUGAAUUGCCCUUUCAAUGUGCACAUGGCAGGCCAUCGAUGGUUCCUUUAACUAUGCUAUAG